AUGUCUGACAGUAAACAUCAAGUUACAAAAGUUAAAAGAGCCUACAAAAGACGUGCCCAACCAGAUUCAGAUGAAAAUUGUAGUCCGGGAAAUUGGAAUAAACCUAUGAAUGACUGGAAUAAUCAAGGAAUACGUACACCACUUGGGGAGUUAUCAAAUAAUUACAUGACAACUCUUACACAAAAUACCAAUGUAUUUGAAAGUUCAGUUAAACGAAAAUCCAGAGAGCAUUCUAUAUCAUAUGGGAAUACAGAUCCAAUUAAUAUAACCAGACGUAAUGAAAGAGAAAGAAAUCGAGUUAAACUAUUAAACAUGGGAUUUGAUCGUCUUCGAGCUGUAGUUCCAUGUCAUUCUGGCGAACAGCUUAGUAAAAUUUCCACCCUGAAGAAAGCCAUCUGGUAUAUUGAGCACUUAGACAAAGUAUUACACGGGCAGGAAAAUUCAAGUUCGGAUUUCAUUAGCCAGUCAACAUCAAUGCCACCACCAUCUGUAUCCACCGAUUCAGCUAUACAUCCGGACAGUUUGAAAGAUCAAAGCAAGCCGAUUAUAUUGCCAUCUUUACCGACAUCAGCUGGAUUAUUUGAAAUCAAUCGCAAUGAAGCAAGAUCAGGGACCUCCUGGUCAUCUUUCGAGAAGGGUAUGUCACCAAUUAGGAACACAUCUAUUCAAGAAAGAAGACCAGUCAAUCAACCAUACCUGUCACCAAUAUUUCCUACUUACUGGGACCAGAAUACUAACAGUAGUGUCAUUAAUACUUGUAACAGCUCAAAGGAAAUGAUAUCGACACCAAAAUUCACAUCAACUCCGAAUAUUAUGAAUGCUAUCAAACAAGUUGAAGCGACUGAAGUUAGCUUACCAUCCUCCUCCUACUCCUCUAGUCUCUCGUCCUCAGGAUACCGAAAUGAUUCUGGCUAUGACAGUCCUGUAUGUCGAAUAAGACUUCUACCAGAGUUGAAUCACAAUCCAUUGUCAAAAUGGUAUCAGUCACGUCCUAGUAACUACACCGCACCAACAAAUGAAUUUCCAGUAAUAGCAAACCCAGUCUUCAAUUCACCUGUGUCAUCAUCUGACAACCAACCAACAAUAUCGAAAUUCACCUUAUCCUAUAAUUUUCCUCAUCUCCAAUGGUUGCUGAAUGAUAAUUAUACUUAUAAAUCGAGUGGAAUGUGA